AUGCGUCGCGUCGUCGCCCUCGCGCCCGACGAUGGGGCGAGCGCGGAGCGAAAGAGGGGAAGCGGGACGAAAUUUCUUCGAGUUUGGGAUUUCGCCACCGCGCGCGCGGCCGAGUUAUUGGCGACGACGAGCGCGAUCGAGGAGCGAACGGGGAAGAAACUCGGGGUACAGUCGUUGCCGCGACAUUUGAGGCGACGCGCGAGGAGCUUUGCGCCCAGGGUGACGCGAAGACGGCCGAAUUUGAAGCGGACGCGGGAGGGACGCGCGGGAGACGCGUUCAGGCGAGCGAGGGAGGCGACGCGGCGGCGAGGGGCGCUGAACGCCAGACGAAGGUUGAAUGAUGAUGGAAAUGAGGUGAAGACGCUGCGAACGCACGUGUGGCACGCGAAGAGGUUCGCAAUGCGCAAGCCGCUCGGUUGGGGAUGGAUCGUGCCGAGCGCGCGCCCGGGGCGUGGGCGCGGAUGGCGCUUCAUCAUGCGUUCGAUAUCGCAGAGCGCGAUAGCGCACGAUUCGUCGUACAAUACGUGCUUCGUGAUGAAGGGUGAAGCCAAAGCCGUGCGCGCUGCGUUGGUCAAAGUGGUGUUGGAGACCAAAGCGCUUCGUACAGAGGCGUUUAAGUCUGGACAGCGCGCUAGCGUGAUACACGUUUUGUCUUCAGCGAAACGACGGCGAAUUAUAGCCCCUGCUUUGGUGUAUCACGCGCGAGCUCCGAACAGCGAGGAUGGUUCAGAGGUGCAUAUUUGGGUCCAUCCUCGAGUGAGCGAAGCGGUGCACAAGGCGUUCAGCCGCAUCAAGGUUGACGAAAACGUACAGUACGACUUCAAAGCAUCCGAUGCGUUCGCUCGCGUUGAUAUCAUAGGCGCGAAGGCUUUCGAGGUGAUUCAGAGAUUGGUGCCGUCUAUUGACUUGUACGCCGAGCAGCACACACAGCGUGGUAUUCGUCGAUUCGUCUCCAUGGACCCGCGUGCGGCCGCUUGCGAAGUCAAAGUGGAUGGAAGUGCGCUUGAAAAUCCAAGCGAAACCGCACCGACUCAAGCCGAGUACGACGCCAGUCGAAUUGCAUCGAGACGAGCUGCGUUGGAGCGCCCUUGGGAGGAAACGUCCGCCAUCGGGGUGAAGGCGUACUCAGCCAUGCUCAUCAACCGAGGGCCCGUCGCCAUGGAUGGGUAUACAUUGAUAGUAUCCGCGUCGUGGAGUUUACCAUUGUGGUUAGGGGUGUGCCAAACUGGCGCGAAACCCGCUGGAAUCGCUGAGUGGUUGUGGUGCGCUCGACGGUUCGGUCGAGCAGCUUUCCCUGAUGACUACCUGGACACCAAGGCUGGUUCUGAUGCGCGCGCGGAGUUAUUCGACUCAGUGUCGAAAAUCAAGUCUAAAAUGCCGUUGGGUAAAGUUUCAUCGUGUCUUCGCGCUCUCGAAGUGCGCAUGAAGGACGUCAAAGUUCGCAGAGUUUUGCGAGUGGCCGAUGAAAAGCUUGAUCUCGGCACACUUCCUUCAGAGACAAUGGUUCGCGUGAACUUGAGAUGUCCUUGGGCUGGCCAGCCAACGCUCGGUUCAGAAUUAUACAUUCCGAACGACGUACAGCGUGACGCGUGGUGCUCGAAGAAGUCGGAAACGAAGUCGCGACGGCGCAACGACACAACCGUUGGGAAAGUGAGUGGCAAACCGAUUGGCUACAUCACGUCGGUGUCCGCUCCCGCUGCUUCGGUGGGCCUUGCAUCGGCGCUCAUCGACGCUAACGCGCUAAAAUCACUCACUGAGAACUUUUCUCGGAGUAAGGGUAAAGUGUUCAUCAUGAUUAGUCCUCCGGGAAAACCCGCAAUUCCGGCGGAGGCAGUUGUCAUAAUUUCCACCGAGGAAUUCGACGAGCCUUGGUGGUGA